AUGCCCCCCAAAGGCAAAGGCAAAGGCAAGGGCAAGGCAAAGGCCAGGAAGGGCGUGACCCGCAAAACCCGCGCCGGCGCUAACAAGACCACUGAGCCCGAGAUCCCCAAGUCCCUUGAACGCCCCGAGGAAGGAUACUGGGACGACAUGGGUGUGUGGCACGAGGGCCGCGGGGAAGGUGACGCCGAGGUGCCGAGCAGUCAGUCGCAGGACCUGUCGGAGAACUGA